AUGCAACCGAAAUCAAUAACCCUCCUUCAAAAAAUCGAUUCGAUAGUCGAACAAAUUCUUUUCAAAUUUCAAAACAUCAUCGAAGUACUAACCAACAAUGCCAAACCUAAGGAAUUGUUGAGUGUUGAAUCACUCACGAUUGAAAGUGAUGCGAUCCAGAUUAUUCGAUAUUGUCAGGAUCUAUUGUCGAUACUGAGGAGUUUGAAAGAGAGCUGGGUGUUGGGUAGCUUGAAAGUAAAGGGGCAAGUGCAAGAUCAAGAUCAAGAGAAAGAACAGAAACUGGUGCUGGUGCUGGGACUGGGACUGGUGCUAGAGCUGGGGAGUGAUGGAGAAGGAAAUGUUGCUGAUACUGAGUUUGGUGGUAGUUCUACCAGUUUGGUGUCGAAUAGAAAUGAACGUGAGGCUGAUAAAGUGUUUAAGUUGUUUAAUGAGUUGACUGAUACGAUAGCCACUCUAGAAAGACCUAAACCACAAACAUGA